AUGAUAAAAAAUAUUUUCAGUGAGUAUCUGAAGUCGCAUGAAGUGCGGCGGACGGACCACGAGGCGCUCACCAAAGUUGCCAGGGAUUACAAGAACAACUACACCUCCGACUGGCGUUGGUUCAGCAUAAAAUGCGAGCGCAUAAUUGAGAACGAACUUCAGAAGAAGUCCCUGCGUGAGGAAGACAGGAAGGCUUACAGCAGCUGGGUGAAGGAGGCACAGAACCUCUCGACCUUCAGGUCCUUCUUCCCAAAAAUUCUCCUGAAGGUUUACAGCCGAUGUGAUGACCCCAACAAGUUUUUCUCUAAACUUGUGAUCCAGAAGUUCGAUGCUGUUGUGGUGGGCACAGAAAUGACGCGGAAGCGGCGCGGAAACAGCGCAAUGAGAGAGAGGCCAAUCAAGGCCAACAGAGUGACACGUUUCUUCUGCGACGCCAGCGGCUUCUCCAACCUGGCAGAGCAGCUGGACAAGCGAAUCAACGGCACGGAGCUGCUCGGAAACUGCCUGAACAAGUUUUUUAACAUCCUCAUAAAAAUUAUCGACUGUUGGGGUGGGGACAUAAUUAAAUUCAGUGGUGACGCCGUGCUGGUCAUUUGGCCUUUGCGGCGGGGUCACAGGGGGGGCGCCACAUCUAACAUGAAAGAGUCACCCAACGGGGCCAAACCGGACAGUAGAACCAAUCCACCAGAGGCAACCGAAUUCCCCCCCACAUCCAUCGUUACGGGUGAUCAGACCCAAUCGAAAGACAACUCCGACUACUACCCCUCCGACACCGCCCCCCCCAACGGAGAUAGAAGAGACGGAACAAGGAAACCAAACCAGAAGGAGAGAAACGUUAGGAAAAUAUGUCUCCUGGCUUUGGGAUGCUGUGUAGACAUACACAAACUACUGAACAAGUUUCCAACCCCGAUAGAAAAUAAAUACCUGAAGGUUCACAUAGCAAUAACCUACGGGAAAGUGUCCUUCCUCCAACUGGGGAAUGUACUAAACAAGAGAGACUACCUUCUGUCUGGAAAACCUUUAGAAGAAAUAGGGGUGGCUGAAUCGCUGGCCAGAAAUGGGGAGAGCGUCAUAUCUCACAGGUUCUACGAAAAGGUGAAGGAAAAAAUUGUUGUGAAGGAAACGCCGAAGAAGAAGUUCUUCCUUUUUGAAAGGAUGAAGGAGGAGAUAGACAUGAGGGAGCUGAAGAGGGAGUACGAGGAGGAGGACGAGUGGGAGGUCCCAACGGGGGAGCUCUCCAAAAAUGUAUCUAAAGAAGUGUCCAGGGAGGGGUCUAAAGAAGUCUCCAAAAAUGUAUCUAGAGAAAUGUCCAAAAAUGCAUCUAGAGAAGUCUCCACACAACCGCUUGACACGUGGGGAACACGCAGAGCAAGCAGGUACGACCUGAAGGAGACCCCCCUGGCACACGAACACUUCUGCUUCCUCCUGAAAAGCUUCAUCCCCGAUAUAGUGUAUCGAAAAAUAUCCACCGGUUGUAACGUUUUUGUGAACGAAAUUAGGAAGGUGACAAUCAUCUUCCUUUCCGUGAAGGACAUAGAUACGUCUACCAUGAUUGGCGUUUAUUCUGCUCAUGGGAUCAUGAAGCUAACCCAGAAGGCCGUCUUUACCAUGGAGGGUACCAUUAACAAAUUUAUUUACGACGAUAAGGGGAUUCUUAUCCUUAUUAUGUUUGGUCUACCCCCUUUGUACCACUGUGAUGACUCUGUGAGAGCUCUACUUACUUGCUUCCGUCUGAUUGAUGCACUGAAGUCUCUUAAGUUAAAUGGAAGUAUCGGUAUAUCCACUGGUAGAAUAUGGUGUGGGAUCAUCGGGAACAAGAUUAGGAAAGAGUACACUGCACUUGGGGAUUCAGUUAAUGUAGCUGCAAGACUUUGUUGCAAAGCUGGGAACAAAGAAAUUUACGUCGAUGAAAAUACGUUUAACGGUUGUAAGCAUUUUAUUUCUUUUCAGAAACUCAUCUCCAUUAAAGUAAAGGGGAAGAACAAACUCAUUAGAAUCUACUCCCCAAUUGGGACAAUCAAUAGGAGGUCUCCUGAGUUCGGCUUGGAACAGGGGGGCGCCCAUGGUUACUUCACGGAUGAGGAGUUGCAGGCUGGUGUAGAGGAGGUCGUCGAAGACGGGGAGACGCAAAAGGGAAUCGACAAGAAAACACCACGGGGGAGCGAUAUUGAUAAGAGAACACACAGAGAAAGCAGAAGUGAUAGGUAUACACAACGGGGGAGUGUAAGUGAUAGAUGUACCCACAGAGAAAGCGGAAGUGACAGAUGCACACAACGGGGCAGCGGAAGUGAUAAGUGUACGAAACGGGGAAGCAGCCUGGGUGCACAGCGUGAAGGCCACACCGUCACAGAUGCCGCAGAUGCUACCAAAACCGCUGAUAUGACCGAAAAUACGGAGGUCGACGAAGUCACCGACUUCUCCUUCUUAAACAGGAAUUACCUCCUUCGCUACUACGAACGCACAUUCCGCCGCAGGAUCAAGCAGCUGCUGGGGAAGAAGGACUGCCUCUACUACUUGAAGCAGUGUGAGGGGGGGGAUGACACCACUUGGCAGGCCGUCAGGGAAGUUACCUACCGGGUCGACCCAUACAACCAACUGAAGACCACCACCCCCCUGGACUACAACACCCACACAGGCCCACUCCUCCUGCACGAAUAUUACGACCCCCUCUACUGCGACUUCACCCAACUGUAUAACACAGGGGGAGUGCUCUUCCUCCAGGGCAACGAACAUCUAGGUAUCUUCGAAUUAAUCACUCUCAUGUCGAGAAAACUAAGUAAUUUCAAAACGUUCAGGAUAAGUAACAUGCCUCACUCUUUAUACAUCAAUGUAACGAACCCGUUGCUUCCAUGGAAAAUGCUAUGCAACGAUAUGCUCCAGCUAUGGAGUGCCUGCAAGAUGAGGAAGGCAAACACUUUAAUUAGAUGUGAAGACAACUACAACUUGCUUCGCGAAAUCACCUACCCUUCAUAUCACUGGUUUUUUAAGUGCAUGUCGAGCGUUGUGGACGAUUUAGUCGUCCCCUAUUUGGGACAGCCAAGUAAGAAGGAGAAGACAACACUUCGUUCGAAGCGGAUGGGAGAAGCGCUUCUCUCGACGCAACAAUCCACUGAAAAAGACACAGAUGUAGGGACGGGGGACCCCACUGAUGAACUCACCGGUGCGGAUGCGCCACAACAGGGGAAAGGCAGAUCUAAAAAGAAAAAAAAAAAAAAAAAAAAAAAAAAAAACAAUGACUCUUCCAGCGGCAGUGACCGGAAGGACAGAUCCAAACAAUCGACCAGGAGGAAUAAACAAAAGGGCAAAUUGUGCAGGCGGAUCCUAACCACCAUCGAUCACUUCUUCAGUAGGUCCACGCGGGAGAGAGGGCGCCGCAAUGCAGCGUUUCCUCACCCGGGCAACAAGGCGGAAACUCAAUCUCCCCCUCAGAUAGUUGCCCAAACGGAUGGUCAUACCGACGGUUACAUUUGUAACCGUGGCCCCCCCCCUGGGAGUUACCCAAUCGCGGAAGCAUACCCCCUAUUCAAGACAGACGCCAAGGAUAACCGAAUUGGGAUCAUCAGUUCCAUGCUUUAUUACUUCACCCUCCAUGAGUACACAUUCAUCGUCUUUAACUACCGAGCGGGAACCUCCCUAAACGUCAUGGGGGAUGAAAGCGCCUUGGGGAUCUGCAAGAAUAUUGCUAAGCUUGCCAUGUAUAAGAGAGGCAAAAUUUUGAAAAGCAUACAGAGGGGGGUCAAACACUGGAGGAGGAACCACUGCAGGGGGUGUAACUACUGCAAGGGAGUUACCCAUUUGGGAGGUGGCCACCUCUGUGAAGGGAGUGAUGACCCCGGUUUAGUCACCCCGAGUGACAGCGCCGAUUGGGUUCAGGGAGACCGCUCCUCCGGUAGUACGCACACACAAGGUGGAAAACAAUCCUCCCAUGAGGAACAGAACAGGACACCAUCUUCACGUAACAGCGAGGGGGAACCUGAAAGCAGAGACCACAUGCAUAGUGAUUUCCACACCGAUUGUGGUGAUAAUGCCCACGAAGAUACUACCCCUUCGGAGGGACAAAGACACAUAAACAAGUCAGCCAACCUGGGCGACAUUAACAUAGCGCAGAUGUUCAGAGAAGAGCGGGCCAAAAAAACCCAAGGACUAAACAGAAGGUUCUACAAAACGCUGUUCCCAGACAUAAACGACAACAUACUUCUAUACGUGGCUGAGCAGAAAAUGAGGGAGCGAUCUGAGGGUAGAGAUCCCAUCCAGGGGGAGGCAGGCAACAGUCCAAUGGGUGUACUAACUAAAACAGUUGCAUAUGAUACAGGUGAAGUUGCACUUGUAGAGAAGCAACUAACGAGGAGGACGCUGUACUCCACGCAGGGGAAGAAGUCCCCCCUGUGUGACCCCGUCUUCAAAGGAAAACACAAACCACUAAUCUUCCUCUUCGUUAAUGGUAUGAAAAACGACGCCAUAAAAAUAAGAGCCAUACAGGAAAUAAAAAAAUGUGCGCAACAAUGCAACGGAUACUUAAAACUGGAGGAAUUAAACAGAGAAAGGUUAUGUGAUUUUGUGGGUCUAUGUUUACGUGUGAAGAAGGACGAGCUAAACAAGGAGCUAGUCGAUUACCUCUACAAGACAUGCUUCGGGAUCCCCAAGUUUGUCCAGUACACUCUCUUCUACUUGCUAACAAAGAAGUACAUUAAGCUAUACAGAUAUGCAUGCCGGUUUAAGGAGACUGAACCUGUCGGCAAAGCGCCCAACCAGGGGGAGACCUCAAUUGGGUUCAGCGCCACAGAAGAACAUUCACAAAACAGUGGAUUCCCUUCGAACCCGGGGAAGGGCCCCCUCCACAAGGAGCAUUUCUCCCCUGUGGGUAGCACCACCAACGCAGACUCAACCAGCGUAAACGAUCCCACUUCGUACACCUACAUCAAUGAAGCAACCAAGCAGAUCAUUACUCACCAGAAUGGGUUCAGAAACUUCCAGUUCUGUGACGACACGGGCAGUGAUCAUAACGGAAGUAAUUAUAGUGGCAACGACAGCCAAGAUGAACAACUCUCUUCCAAUCGGGACCCCCCCUCAGUGGCCCACCUUCAAGGGAAAAGGAUAAUCCAAACGGAACAUCCACCUAUCCACCUAUCCACCUUUUAUGCCCAUUUGAAACACCGUUUCUGUCAGACGGCCCACUGCAUGUCCCUGAUCGAUAGCCUUAACCAGGAGGAACUGCUGCUGGCCAAGCUAUGUUCCUUCUUCAAGCAAAAAUUUAACAUAAAAAAAAUGGAGUGCAUAUUCCCCAGAUACAUUUCUCGAUCCGAGUUGAAAAGAAUAAUUAAGGAGCUCAUCAGGAAGAGCGUCUUCCAAGUGUGUGAAGACAACGGAGCGAACCAAAUCCAAACGGAAGAUGUGAACUCCAUACACAACAUCAAUUUUGUCUACAGGGAUAUCUACAACCUUAUAAAUGACGUCACUGCCAGGAGGCAAAAGCACCAUUCGGUGUUCAGAAGGAACUCCGCCAUCCCAGACGAGGCAUUGUUCUUCUGCAUAAUGAAUUUCUCGCUCAAGAAGGUAACAAAGGAGGAGCAACACAAUGAAAUCAAAUUGCCUGAGGGGGUGCUGAACGAUCUGCUGGAGAACGAAGAAAAAAAAUACAUCCAAAAAAUAUACAAAAAGUACUUGGACGAAUCGCGCGAAAGAGCCAUGUUUAUAUACACAUCCGUAUCCAUUUCCCUUUUCGAAGCUGUCCAAACUGGCAACUUUUCCCUGAACGAGUCAGGCGAAUUUGCCCCGUUGCGGCAGAACAGUGUAGCCAAAUUGCAGACGCACGAAAUGGAAAAUGAAGGGGCCACUAAUUUGCCCACCUUCUCGGAGGCCCCGGAAAUAAGCUCCAAAAUUUACGACAACAUCCUGGAGUUGGACUCCCGUACGGAAGCGGGAAAUUCAGUUCGCUCCCGAGGAAACUACACCGAAGCGUCUGCUCGUGGGGAAGUUCAAGUAGAUGUAGAAGCCUACCCAAGCAGCCACGAAGUGAAUGGAGAGUCACAUUCGAAUAAAAAUGACGGAGUGGACGAAGAACAAUCCAUGGGGGAACCCCAGGACAACCACACCGCACUGUCAAACCAAAACUUCGACUCCCUACGAAUGGCUGCGAGAAGGGGAUCCAUGCAGGACCUCAUCCAGGACACACACAAAAAUACGCUGGAGCACAAGCAAACCAACUUUUUAUGCCUCGAGGAAAUUUUGAAGAAGACGGACCUGAUCCUGCAGCUCCAAAUGAAAAUGAGCCAGUCGGUUGCUUCGCACCGGGAGGAGCGCCAGUUGCUGUUUCAGCACCUUUACGAGCUGAAAAAACAAGUCGCUGACAAGGCCUUCAACUCGCUGUGUAACAAAGACCUCGCUAGGCAAUUCAUCGAAUGGGCUCAAGCGAAACAAAAGAAAGAUAUCCCACCUUACAAAACAGAACUCACGUGUGUGGAAUUACAAAGGGAGAAAUACAACCCGACACAGAGCUGCGACGUGGCCACAAAAGGGACCAAGAAUACACGUCUGUUCUUUUUUCACUUAAGUGAGUUGGAAGAAUGCGUGUACUCCUUCACUCAUUUUUGCAGAGACAUGUCGACUCGGAUUUGUCCUCCGCCUGAGGGGGGGUAUAAUACCCAUUCGGAUUCGUUUGACCAGGGGUUUUUUUCCUUCCUGAGGGACCCCCAAGCAAUGCAACUAAUUAGGGGCCUCGAAAAAAACCUAACAAAAAUAAAAAGUAUGUGCAUGCAGAGCUAA